AUGUCCUCAAUGGAAAUUCAUCAAGAACAAAGUUCAGGCUCAGCAAAAAUAGGGAGUAACAGACCACUCAACAAAACCCUCCAUGUUGUGAUUGUGGGAGCCGGGCUAGGCGGCCUGGCGUGCGCUAUUGCAUGUCGCCGUGCGAAGCAGCCUUGCGAUGUCACCGUUGUCGAACGUGUACCGGAGAUGAUUGCAAUCGGAUCCGGAAUCCAUAUUCCACCAAAUGCUUGCAGAGUUAUGCAGCAUUUCGGGUUGGUCGAACAACUGAAGAGUGCGGGCGGCUAUGUUGUGCAGGACUUCACACUGCGUCGAUACAAGGAUGGCAACAUCAUCGUCGAGAAGCCAUUAGGGGAAAGAGUGAAGCGGGAAUAUGGAGCCGAUUGGAUAGCCAUCCAUCGAGGCGACUACCAGAACGUGCUCCUUGAUGCCGCACAAAGGAAAGGUGCGCGUAUCAUGACGGAUACGGAGGUGGUAGACAUUGAACAAGGGGUGGACGAGUCGGAAGGACGUCAGAUUGUCGUUCUCAAAGAUGGCAGGCGCAUCGAUGCAGACGUUGUCAUCGGAGCAGAUGGACUUUGGUCAAGUAUGCGGGAAUUCGUCCUAGGUCGACCUAUGCCACCGGUCGAGACAGGUGAUCUGGCAUACCGGGGCACCUUCACCCGUGACCAGCUCAAAUCUUUUCAUGACCCCAGAAUCGAUGGUCUGAUCGAGAAGUCCAAUGUGCAAGUUUGGUUAGGCCCCAGUCGACAUGCCGUUUUCUAUCCACUGAGAAACAAGACCGAGUUUAACCUGGUACUACUAGUCGCCGAUGAUUUACCCGAAGGUGUCCGCACAGCACAGGGUAGUCUUGAAGAAAUGGGAAAGUGCUUCGAUGGUUGGGAUCCAACGCUGACUCGCAUAAUAUCGUGCUUGAAUUCUGCUUUGAAAUGGAAAUUGCUUCACUUUAAGGAGCUUGACAAAUGGACGAAAGGUCCUGUCGCCUUAUUGGGUGAUGCCUCACAUCCCACUCUACCCUAUCAAGGCCAAGGUGCUGCCAUGGCGGUCGAAGAUGGUGCCAUCCUUGGGGUGCUGCUCACACGCCUACAGGAGAGAAACCUAUCUCUUUCUCCGAAGGCGCGGAACGGCCAAUUGACAAGUCUCCUUCAAUUAUAUGAACGACUCCGCAAACAGCGAACCGAAAUCAACGUUUCCGGGGCAGUUUUGACCCGGGAAUUUUAUCACCUACAUGAUGGCGAUGCGCAGCAGGAACGUGAUAGUGAACUCUCAAAACUGCCCGCAGCGAAGUGGCAAGGCCCGAGCAAGUGGAAUUGGGGAGAUGCUGCUUAUCAAAAGAGUCUGCUAGGGUUUGAUGUGCUCGCUGAUGCAGAGAACAGGUUUGAUGAAUGGGCGCGUAAAGAUCCAAGCAUUGUUUUACGCAGUACUCUGUGA